CUUAAGUCUGGCCGGUGCCACCUGUCUCCGCAAUGCCCCCCAAGAAACAGGCUCAGGCCGGGGGCAGCAAAAAGGCGGAGCAGAAAAAGAAGGAGAAGAUUAUUGAAUGAGUUUCCUGAGAGUGAACCAUCAGUGACUUUUAAACGGUUCUUCGUAUUCUUUGGAUAUAAUUGGAAAAACCUAUGACCAUUUUCCUGCUUAUGGUAUGCCUGACUAAUGGACACCAAAAUGACAAAACUUUUGGUCUAAAGAAUAAGAAAGGAGCAAAGCAACAGAAGUUUAUUAAGGCUGUCACUCAUCAGGUUAAGUUUGGCCAACAAAAUCCACGUCAGGUAGCACAAAGUGAGGCUGAAAAGAAAUUGAAGAAAGAUGACAAGAAGAAAGAAUUGCAGGAACUAAAUGAGCUAUUCAAACCCGUAGUUGCUGCUCAAAAAAUAAGUAAAGGUGCAGAUCCCAAAUCCGUGGUGUGUGCAUUCUUUAAGCAAGGACAGUGUACUAAAGGAGAUAAGUGUAAGUUCUCUCAUGACUUGACUCUGGAGAGAAAGUGUGAAAAGCGAAGUGUUUACAUUGAUGCAAGAGAUGAAGAACUUGAAAAAGAUACUAUGGAUAAUUGGGAUGAGAAAAAGCUGGAAGAAGUAGUGAACAAGAAGCACGGUGAGGCGGAAAAGAAAAAACCAAAAACUCAAAUAGUGUGCAAGCAUUUCCUCGAAGCUAUUGAAAACAACAAGUAUGGCUGGUUUUGGGUAUGCCCUGGAGGUGGUGAUAUUUGCAUGUAUCGUCAUGCACUUCCUCCUGGAUUUGUAUUGAAAAAAGAUAAAAAAAAAGAAGAAAAAGAAGAUGAAAUUUCAUUAGAAGAUCUUAUUGAAAGAGAGCGUUCUGCCCUAGGUCCAAAUGUUACGAAAAUCACUCUAGAAUCUUUUCUUGCAUGGAAGAAAAGAAAAAGACAAGAAAAGAUUGAUAAACUUGAGCAAGAUAUGGAAAGAAGAAAAGCAGACUUCAAGGCAGGGAAGGCUUUAGUGAUUAGCGGUCGUGAGGUGUUUGAAUUUCGUCCUGAACUGGUUGAUGAUGAUGAUGAGGAAGCAGAUGAUACCCGUUACACCCAAGGAACAGGUGGUGAUGAGGUUGAUGAUUCUGUGAGUGUAAAUGACAUAGAUUUAAGCCUGUAUAUCCCAAGAGAUGUAGAUGAGACAGGUAUUACUGUAGCCAGUCUUGAAAGAUUCAGCACAUACACUUCAGAAAAGGAUGAAAACAAAUUAAGUGAAGCUUCUGGUGGUAGGGCUGAAAAUGGUGAAAGAAGUGAUUUGGAAGAGGACAACGAAGGGGAGGGACAGGAAAAUGGAGCCAUCGAUGCUGUUCCUGUUGAUGAAAAUCUUUUUACUGGGGAAGAUUUGGAUGAACUAGAAGAAGAAUUAAACACACUGGAUUUGGAAGAAUGACAACAGACAAGUCUGAAAAAAUUAAGCCAGCUCAGCAUGAGUUGAAAUUGACUACAGUAAUUUUUUUCCACCUAGAAUUCUUCAACAGGAUGUUUAUUUCCCAUGCUGAUUCUGGAGGGCUUACUCUCCUCCAAAAAAGGAAUAUUCUCCCUACGUCUUGUCUUCUGACUUUGGCUACAUCUCAUAGUAAGUUCAGAGUAGUUCAUGAUAAAUUGAAAAUAUAAUGGUCAUUGCAGAAAAUGAUUGUUGUAACUGUCCAUUCAAGUAGGAAGUGUGACUGCUUUUCCAGCUUUUUGUUUUCAUUGGGCAUGUAUUAUAAGAACAACAUAAAUAUAAAUUUAAAUUUAAAAUACCCUUCAUUUAACACAGUUUUUAAUGAGUGAUUUUCUUUGUAUUUAUGUGUUUCAAAGACUGCCUAAAAUAUGAGCACUGUAUUUCAUAAAGGAAACUGCAUAUGCAGAUUCAGUAUUGUAUAUCUUUGGACGAUUAGAUGGACAUUUAAAAAGAAACUUCUUUAACCUGACAGAAUCAGCUGCAAUGCCCUGUGUUAAAUUGUUUUAAAUGUUUCCCUCUUCUUUUUUGCCAAUAAAGUUGUAAAUAAAGACCGUCAUACAUUAAAAUCC